GCUUUUUACAUUAUAAAGAGAUAAAAUUAUAUUACAUUCUUACAUGCAAAAAAGAAAAACUAUGGCUAAAAUUUUCAAGUUUGUUUGUGCAAUGAUUCUAUUUCUUUCAUUAUUUAUUGACGCAGCAAGAUACAAUCCUAAGCUUCAAAAUCCUAAGCUUCGUCUCAGCGUAUCACGUUUGCAAGAAUGUGAAUACGACGACGAUUGUCCACAAAUUGUUUCAUCCCCUUUGGUUAUAAGGUGUAUUGAUUACAAUUGUAUAGUUGUUAACCAUUAGGAUAAUUUAUCGCAGGCUCAAGAUAUUACACAAAUGCCAUGAAAAGGAAGAAUGAACUCUUUAACUAGCUAAAUUUGUGCAAUAUAUAUCUUAUCUUAUAUAUCUAGAAUAUUUAAUUAAUUGUCAUUUAGUUAUUAUGAUGGAACAGAAUAAUUAAUAUUUUUAUUUAUGUUUCA